UCGACCAAUCAGCUCUCUCUAUCCACUCGUCUUGUCCAGGUGUCCCUCGUUGUCUCAUCAAUUUGUUUGUAUUUAGUUCCCUGGUUUCUUUCAGUUCUCGUCGGUUCAUUGUCGUUGUCACAUGUCUUGCCAUGUGAUUGUCGCUCAGGUAUUUCACUAGUCAUGUCUUGUUUCUUGUUUUGGGUUCACUCAAGUGUUUCUUUGUUACUUUGUGUUUAGAUUUUGGACUUUGUUAAUUUAGCAUUUAGACUUUUUCAUGAUCUUUGUUUUCCUUUGUUUUUGGAAUUAAAUAUUAUUAUUUUGAGAUUCCCGCACUCCUGCCUUGCCUCCCUGCUUCCCUGCAAUUGGGUCCACCAUGUUCUUUCCUUGCGUUCCUCGCCUUCGCCCUAACCAUGUACGUGACAGAAUGAACCUACCAGAACAGGACCCAGCGGGAAGAACAUGGCGUCACCCUGGACACCACCAAACUGCCUCCCACCGUCCUCAGCCUGCCAUCCAUACCUACUCUCCUUCAGUUUUUCCACGGCUCCAAUUAAGUCAAGUCAAACCUGCCACCAUGUUCAGUACCAGCCAUUUUUCCAAGUUCACCUUCCCGAGACCUUGUGCACUCUGCCACUCCCGUACCCUCUACUCCCAAACCUCAAUGGCGGCAGGCUGAGGAAGCGACUGCAGGCUCCCGUUCCGGCUCCUCUCGGCAGCUGCGGCAGGCUCCCGUUCCGGCUCCUCUCGGCAGCUGCGGCAGGCUCCCGCCCCGGCUCCCCCCGUCCAGCGGCCGCAGGCUCCCGCCCCGGCUCCCCCGUCCAGCGGCCGCAGGCUCCCGCCCCGGCUCCCGCCCCGGCUCCCGCCCCGGCUCCCGCCCCGGCUAGCGGCCGCAGGCUCCCGCCCCGGCUCCCCCCGUCCAGCGGCCGCAGGCUCCCGCCCCGGCUCCCCCCGUCCAGCGGCCGCAGGCUCCCGCCCCGGCUCCCCCCGUCCAGCGGCCGCAGGCUCCCGCCCCGGCUCCCCCCGUCCAGCGGCCGCAGGCUCCCGCCCCGGCUCCCCCCGUCCAGCGGCCGCAGGCUCCCGCCCCGGCUCCCCCCGUCCAGCGGCCGCAGGCUCCCGCCCCGGCUCCCCCCGUCCAGCGGCCGCAGGUACAUCCAUGGCUGUGCAAUGUUCUAA